CUUUUUCUUGGCUUUCAAUCACUAAAAGUGGGACAUUUUGGGUUCAAAUUUGGAGGGUUUUUGAUGAGACCAAGUGAUUUGAUUUUAGGGUUUGUUGUGAAAGAUGAAAUCUGAGGAUGAGAAAUGUGUGAAGUUGGAAUCUGGGCAGAACAAGAAGAAACAGAGAAGUGAUGAAAUAGUUGUGGAUGAAGGGGGUACCACUGGUUGUUGGAACAGGUGGAGGUUGAUUGGUAGCUGUGUUUCUUCAAGAUCUAAAGUUGAUAGCUCCAUCAGUGGCAUAAGCACUCAUUGUGUGGAAAGUAAAUUAACAAAUGAUACUAGCAAAGAUCAACCUGUAGUUCCGAUAGUCUCGUCAACUACUAGUAACGGAGAAAGCAACCCGUCCACCCCAAAACCGGAAGAUGAACUCAAAGUUGGUUCUAGUCUUCGCAAAUUUGGUUUCAACGAUCUCAAAUUGGCUACAAGGAACUUCAGACCCGAAAGUCUUCUUGGUGAAGGGGGUUUUGGUUGCGUUUUUAAAGGGUGGAUCGAAGAGAACGGAACUGCACCAGUGAAACCGGGCACCGGACUUACUGUUGCUGUGAAAACCCUAAAUCAUGACGGGCUUCAGGGUCAUAAAGAAUGGCUGGCUGAAGUAAAUUACCUAAGUGACCUUAUUCAUCCGAAUUUGGUUAAAUUGAUCGGUUAUUGCAUUGAAGAUGAUCAACGGCUGCUUGUUUACGAGUUCAUGCCUCGAGGGAGCUUGGAGAAUCACUUGUUUAGGAGAUCUUUGCCUCUUCCAUGGUCGAUCAGGAUGAAAAUUGCUCUCGGCGCUGCAAAGGGCCUCGCUUUCCUUCACGAGGAAGCAGAAAGACCCGUGAUUUAUCGUGAUUUCAAAACCUCCAACAUUUUGUUGGAUGCGGAAUACAAUUCGAAACUUUCGGACUUUGGUCUUGCUAAAGAUGGUCCGGAGGGAGAUAAAACUCAUGUAUCGACUCGAGUUAUGGGAACGUAUGGUUACGCGGCCCCUGAAUAUGUGAUGACGGGACAUCUUACUUCAAGGAGUGACGUAUAUAGCUUUGGUGUUGUUUUACUCGAAAUUUUGACGGGUCGAAGGUCAAUGGACAAAAACCGUCCAAACGGCGAACACAACCUUGUAGAAUGGGCUCGACCACAUUUAGGAGAUAGGAGGCGGUUUUAUCGGUUGAUAGACCCUCGGUUAGAAGGUCAUUUCUCGAUAAAAGGAGCCCAAAAAGCCGCACAACUAGCAGCUCGUUGCCUUAACCGUGACUCAAAAACCAGGCCUCUGAUGAGUGAAGUUGUUGAAUCGCUAAAACCGUUGCCAGUCCUAAAGGACAUGGCGAGCUCGUCGUAUUACUUCCAAACCGUUCAAGCUGAACGGGUUGGGUCGAGCCCGAGUGCACAAAAUGGGGCUCGGGCCCAAGCCGGAUUGUUUUCGAAAAACGGGGUGCAGCAUCCGCGGAGCCUAUCGAUACCCAACGGUUCUCAUGCUUCUCCUUAUCACCAGAAGUUUAACUUGAAUUCACCAAAGCCGAUUGAGAACAAGAAGCAAUAGCAGUUGGAAAAUCAUCGUCACUUUUUUUUUCUUUUUUCCUUUUAAUUUAAUUUUCUAAGUAAUAUAAAUAUAUUGUUGGCUUGUUUGCCGUUUUAAAUCCGACAACAAAACAAGACGAACUGAUUAUUUAUAACAAAUUAAAUUUGA